GAUUGAUUCUAUGUCUCAGUAUCGAACACAGGCGCAAAUAGGCUGAAUAGCUUUGCGCCUCAGUCUGUACCCAACCUCCAUCUAUACAAUCCAUGGCUACCAUACCCAACCUACAUAGCUAAAUUCUAUCUGAAAUCUACGCAACCGAUGUUAAAAACAGCCAACGAAAAUCAGAAUCUCCUCCAACUUGCUGGGAUUGUGAAGAGCACGAGUGACGAAGAAAAUCGGAAUACUGACGUCAUAAUCGUUACCACCAUCGAUGGGGUCUCCCGUCCCUGCAAUUCAUUCGCCCAUUUCUAACGUCUUCGUGUACGGCAGCCUCCUCUCCGACGACGUCGUUCGCGCCCUUUUGAGUCGCGUUCCUCGUUCAGCUCCGGCCGUCCUUCCCAAUUACCAGAGGUUUAGUAUCAAGGAGCGUGUUUACCCUGCAAUUAUACCGGUUGAAAAUAAGAAAGUCCAUGGCAAGGUACUUCUCGACAUUACGCCACCCGAACUUCAUAUUUUGGAUGUGUUUGAGGAUGUUGAGUACGAGAGGACAACUGUUGAUGUUUGCUUGGAGGAUAGUUCAGAGAAGUUGAAAGCAUACACGUAUGUAUGGGAAAACAAGACUGAUCCAGACUUAUAUGGCGAGUGGAAUUUUGAGGAAUGGAAAGAACUGCACAUGAAGGAUUUCUUGAAGAUGACGACAGAUUUUGUUGAGGAAAUGGAGCUGCCAGAUCCAAAGACCCGAGUGGCAACAUAUGAAUCGUUUUACAAAGGCGCAGAUAAUGAUCCUCCUAAUCCUUAAAUAGAGAUAUAUCAAAAACACAAAACUCUCAUCGACGUUAUACUAGCCGCCGUUGCCAUGGCCGACCAGAGCAAGGUGCCGCCGAUUGGCUCCCCCUUGUACAUGUACCCGUCCGAUAGCACGGGAACGCCACUGACACAAGUGAUUCUCACCGGCGAGAAUUACUCGACAUGGGCCAAGGCUGUGAGGCGUGCUCUAGAAGCGAAGAACAAAGCAGGCUUUGUGGAUGGCUCCGUCCACAAACCGACCAGUGACCAUCCCGACCAUCAUUGGUGGAAGAUGGGCAAUAGCUUGGUUGCCUCUUGGAUCCUUAAUUCUCUUGAGAAGUCGCUGCAACAUAGUGUUGUACAUGCGGCAGAUGCUCGGGCCAUGUGGGACGAAUUGAAGGAACGUUUUUCACAAGGCAACGUACCACGCAUCCAUCAAUUGAAGGCGGAGAUUAGUCUACUUCGCCAAAAUGGUCAGUCUGUGACCGAAUAUUUCACGAAAUUGAAGGGCCUUUGGGACGAACUCGGCGACUACAACGAUGUGGUCAUGUGCACCUGCGCCGGGUGCACCUGUGGCGUGACCGCAAGGCUCGCGACUGAACGGGAAACCGAGAUGCUACACCAAUUCCUCAUGGGGCUUGAUGCGGAGUCCUAUGGUGCCGUUCGUACUCAAAUUCUUAGCAUGGAGCGCCUCCCUUCUAUCAACAAGGCGUAUUCUUUGAUAAUCCAAGAAGAACGCCAACGAUCCGUGAUUCGAGACCGGGAAGCACCCAAGGAUCACGUUCUCGCUCUCACUGCUGGGAAAGGAGGCGCCCCUCGCUAUGUUUGUGAUCAUUGUGGAAUGACUGGACACUCAAAGUCGCGUUGCUACGAACUGAUCGGGUACCCGGAAAAUUGGGAUCACAGCAAAAAUAGCUCGGGACGUAAAGGGGGCAACCGAAACCGUGGACAAAAGACAACCGGUCAAAUCAAUACUCGCGUAGCAGCCACUGCUCACUCAGCCCAGACUGGUCAGAUUGGUGGCGGUUCGACCAGUGGAAGACUUCACACCCUCACGGACAUGGAGUACAAUCAACUGCUCAACCUCCUUGGCUCGGUAAAGGCCUCAUCGGGUACUGAACCGCUCGAAGGACCUCACCUCGAAGACGUUGAUUGGAGCGGGUAAGCUACAAGGGGGGGUCUAUCGCAUCGAGCCGGGGAAUACGUUUGCAACAGCUGCCGUGGCGAGUUCA